AAGUGGGACAGGAAUACCCGGGUGGGGGGCGUUCCUGAACCUCGACCCCGCAGUGACGUCACACCUGUCCGCGCGCUGCCUGCCUCACACACAGGCUGAGCUCAGGUGUGUGACCAGCGGACUGUGAGCCCCUGGUAGUGUUUCCUUCCAGAGACGCUACAACUGAGUCUGGAGAUGAAGAGGAGGCUCCUGCUGGUGUCUAACUCCACCGUGCACGGCAGCGGGUAUCUGGACCACUGUCAGGGAAACAUCUCACACUUUUUCGGACGAGAUGUGAAGAGAGUUCUGUUUGUUCCUUACGCUCUCCACGACAGAGACGCCUACACGAAAACUGCCAGAGACAAGUUCAGCAGUCUGGGUUACGAGGUGGACGGGAUCCACGAGGCCCCGGACCCCGUCGCCGCUGUGAGGGAGGCUGACGGGAUCUUUAUAGGAGGAGGAAACACUUUCCGACUGCUGAAGAGUCUCUAUGACAACAAGGUGCUGACAGAGAUCAGGAAGAGAGUGCUGGAGGAUGGUGUCCCCUACAUGGGUUCCAGCGCCGGCACCAACGUGGCGACGGUCAGCAUCAACACCACCAACGACAUGCCCAUUGUGUGCCCGCCCUGCUUCUCCGCCCUGAGCCUCGUCCCCUUCAACAUCAACCCCCACUUCCUGGACCCCGACCCCCACAGCCGCCACAUGGGGGAGAGCAGAGAGCAGAGGAUCACCCAGUACCACGAGGAACCAGAUACUCCAAGUGUCCUG